CCGGGUGGAAAUGGUCGCUCGUGCAGUCAACUGAGGAAAAAGAAAGCAUUAGCUAGCUGCUAACAGUGAAAUACACUAACAUUUCAUCUGAAUACAGCCAACAAACGAAGACGACUGAACAAUGACACAUAUUAAGUUUCUCUGCAGGGGUAAGUGAGGUGUAUCGUACCCCGUCCUAGGAUGGACAGUUAUUUUAAGGCUGCUGUGUGUGACCUGGACAAGCUUUUGGAUGACUUUGAACUCAAUGCAGAGGAGCUUGAGAACAAGCCCGCCACUUUUACAAGCCCUACUUGUCCGGACGCCACGAUUGUCCCAGGUCACCAUUUGGACCUUCAGAGCUUCAUACCAGAGCAACACACGGUCUCGCAAACACUCCCAGAUGUCAAUGCCCUGCACUAUGGACUUGCAUCACAAAGUAUUACCUUAAACCAAAAAGAUUCUUAUUCAAAUGAACGGCCACUCACAGAUGUGGACCUCCUGUCCUCCGUUGAUAGCAGAGGUAUCAAAAGUUCGGCUCCUCCUUGUCCGGACCGCUCCCUAAAGCCUGUGUGUGACCUGGUGAAUGAUACGGGUUCUGCAAACCUCCAGCAGGCUGACAGUCAGGAGGACUUUAAAGAACUGGACGUUCCUGAGAAACAAACUAAUGAGGUGCUGCUAGUGGACUUUGAGAGUCCUGUAGUAUCUACUCCCGAAGAUGCUUCUAACGCCGGUGAAUUACCAAAACAUGACUCCGAGAUUAGCUAUAACUCAUUCAGCCUGCUAGAUGUCAUAUUACCAGCCGUUGGUGACCCUCAUGGUUUAAGUAGCAUCACACCUUUGGAGUGCAAUCGGAUUGAAAGUUCUCGUCCUGAAGACUCAAACGCCAAUGAUCAGAACAGUUCUCCAUGCGAAGUCUCAGUAAACGAGGAAGAUGUUAGUAAUUCAGAUCCUCAUGCUACAAAUGAAGCUGUUUCAGCAACCAGUGAAGAGCAUGCUGUAUCGCUGCAGCCGGACUCAACAGAUACCCAACUGUCUGAAGAUCUCAGUGUCAAAAAUCCAGAGGAUUCAGCUGGAAGUCCCUCCCUGGAGAAGGAAGCUUCUCUAUCUUGCUUGCCAAUGGCCGUAUCUAUGUGUGGAUCCCUUGUGGCGUCUUUAGACCCACAGACAGCAGUGAUUGAAACCAAAGAUGAGGCUGAACUGGAAAAAAAUUCAGCGAUUCAAGAGGCUGAAGAGUUCAUUCUUCCGUUAGAAGAACCCACAACACCGUUCUCCUCCAAUAGGCCUGAUUCCUCACCUGAAGAUGAACCUGAGCUAGUCCAAAUCAUGUCGAACACAGAAAGGGUGACUGCUAUCUCAGGCCAUUACCCUGAAAGAAACUUUAAGCACAACUUGUCGCUGACAGAGAAAGAGUUGUGUGAAAGCAACCCAUCUCCGCCCUAUUCAGAAAGCCCAAAUUAUUCCUACGAGUUCAGUAUCACCAACGAUUACCUUCCUGAAAGCGACCAGACUGUGAUGAUGGUUACGGACGAGGAGCUGGACGCCUUUCUGAUGGGUCAGGAUGUGAAAAUCAACUCCGACGCAGGCGCAGACAAAUUCGUAGAUGACGGCUUUUCAGAAUUUAACGGAAACGUGGAAGGCUUUUUAGAUGAGGAACUGCAGAGCUGCAAAGUUGAGACGUUUGCUUCUCCUGAGAGCGAUGGUUCUCUUCAGUAUCUGGAAGAGAGCGAAGGUUCGAACGUUUCUUCUUCAUCUCAGGACAGCAGCCCGCUGAGGACAGACGCCACACAAACAAUUAGCCAUGAAAAUGCAACCAGCCCUGUUGAGAUUCAGUCAGUUUGCACCCCUAACCAAGAGUCAAAUUACGGUGGGGCGAGACCAAAGCAGUUGUCCAACCAAACCGCACGGCCUCCAUCUGAAAGACACCGGACCGGCUAUGCUGAACCCGAUGUGCCAGGCCUUUCUGCAGAGAAUGGCUCGCAAGUUUCUCCCAACCAAGAUGAAAAUAACUGUGAACCCCCUUCUUAUCAGCAAUAUGAUGCCAGUUACGGCCAUGAUGAGCUUUCAGAGCCUCCACCAUACCCAGGAGAGAGUCCUGAUCCACCAGGACACGAGGUCGAGGGUCUGGGGUCAAAGCAGCCUCCUUGGGUGCCAGACUCCGAGGCUCCUAACUGCAUGAAUUGUGAGCAAAAGUUUACCUUUACCAAGAGGAGACACCAUUGCAGAGCAUGUGGGAAGGUGUACUGUGCAAACUGCUGCAACCGCAAAUGCAGACUGAAAUAUCUGGAUAAAGAGGCCAGGGUUUGUGUCAUCUGCCAUGUUACCAUACAGAGAGCUCAAGCCCAUGAGAGAAUGAUGAGCCCUACUGGGCCCAGUCCCAAUCCCAACAUCCCAUCAGAGUACUGCUCCACCAUACCGCCCAUGCAGCAGGCCCGCGCCGCCGGCACCCUCAACUCUCCCCCACCCACCGUCAUGGUCCCCGUGUCUGUCCUCAAACACCCCGGUAAUGACGGUUUUCCACGUGAGCAGAAGCAUGUGUGGUUUGCUGAUGGUAUCCUGCCGAACGGUGAAGUCGCCGACACCACCAAACUGUCCGUACAGACCCGGAGAUCCUCUCAGGAGUCAAGCCCAGUAACGCCAGACCCGCCAGGGCCUGAUGGUAAAUUGCCUGGUGAGUGUGAUGAGAGCGCCGGAGGAAGUUCUGACAGCGCUGCCGAGGUGAGCCGCCCGCCCCUCAGAGGCCCGUGGGACUACGGCCUGCUCUGUGCGGUGGGCAGCUGUGUGCAGAGAGCGGUCAGUCUGGUGCCGGAGGAUGAUGAAGGUCUGCCUCCACUGCUCAUUACCACAGGAGAGGAGGAAGAUGGGGAUGUAUUAGUUGAGGAACGUCCUGCUGCUUGCCAAAUAUUGCUGCUGUUGGAAGAGGGAGGCCCACAACCUCUGACCUUUGUGCUCAACGCCAAUUUACUGGUGAACGUCAAGAUCGUCACAUAUGGUGGGAAGAGGUGCUGGUGUCUGAGCUCUAACGGUCUUCAGGGAGUGGGCCAGAAGGAGCUGGUGUUUAUAAUUGAGUGUCUCCCAGAGGAGAACAGCCUGCCUAGAGACGUAUUCAACCUGUACGUUAGUUUAUACCAGGAUGCACAGAAAGGGAAGUUCAUCGAGCACCUUGGAAACGUGACGUUCACUGACAGUUUCCUGGGCAGUAAAGACCACGGGGGCGUCCUGUUCUUCACUCCAACCUUUCAGCCACUGGAUGGUCUUGCUCUGCCGCAGGUCUCGUUCCUCUGUGGUGUUUUGAUUCAGAAACUAGAGGUUCCCUGGGCUAAAGUGUUUCCCCUCCGACUGCUGCUUGCUCUGGGGGUGCAAUACAAUGUGUAUCCCUGCACUUUGGUGAGCGUGCGUUUCCGUGACUCAGUUUUUAAAGAGACGGGACACACCAUCAUGAAUCUGCUCACAGAUCUGAGGAACUAUCAGUACAGUUUACCGGUGGUGGAAAAUCUGAGAGUGCACAUGGAGAUGGGCAACAGCUACAUCGACAUUCCCAAGUCCGGGUUUAAUCAGAUGCUGAAGGUGGUGAACUCCUCUAAUGAGCAUGUGAUCAGUUUCGGUGCCUGUUUCAGCACUGAGGCCGAUUCUCACUUGGUUUGCCUGCAGAACGAGGACGGAAGCUACCAGACGCAAGCCAACAGUAUACCAGGAAAAACCAGGAGAGUGACUGGAGCUAGUUUUGUGGUUUUUAACGGUGCUCUGAAAGCCUCAUCAGGAUUCAUUGCCAAAUGCAGCAUUGUGGAAGAUGGGUUAAUGGUGCAAAUCCCUCCGGAGACCAUGGAGGGUUUGCGACAGGCCCUCAGGGACCAGACCGACUUCCAGAUCCCCUGUGGAAAGGCAGAUUCGGAAGAGACACGAGAAAAUGUGAAUGUACGCUGGGUCGACUGGACCACACCUGUCAACACUGGAGUCACCAGUCCGGUGGAUGGCAAGUCUCUAGAGGGAGUGUCCAGCGUCAAGAUCCAGCAAGACUCAGAGUUUGAGAUGGACGGCCGAACCAUCAGGUGUACUGAGGUCUUCUAUGUGCUGAAGUCUUCAGACGUCUCUCUGUCUGCCGUCUUCACGUCAUCGGCUCAGUUUCAGAGAGAGAUCGCCACCGCCAGCUGCGCCGCCCUCUGCCCGCACCUCUCUGUGCUCGUGGCGAAUGGGUUCAACUCUCUCGCACUCCGGGUCUCCACCGACUCAGACAUGGUUGAGUAUCAGGCUGGCUCUGGUGGCCACCUCCUGCCUCAGAAGUAUAUGAACGAUCUGGACGGGGCUCUAAUUCCUGUUAUCCACGGAGGAAGCUCCUGCGUCCCCCAUCAGGCCGUGGACAUGGAGUUUUUCUUCUACAUCUCACUGAGCAUUUGAACACUGGUGACUUACAAACUUUCCAGCCACAGGCAACCUGUCAGACCUUCACGAUCGGUACCAAUGAAUCACAGAUGCAGAUAGACAGACUCCGUAUCUGAUCUCUGACAAGGUAUGGAGAGUUUGAUGCAUUUUAGAGGAAAAGCACUUCACUGAAGUGGCACUAUAUUAGCGAUCCUUUAGAAUAAAGAAAGAGGUCUUGGAUCAGCAACAAAAAUAAAAACGUGAGAACUUUGCUGAGCUUUGCUUCUUCAGUCGUGUUUCCAGGGUCUGAUUGUUGGAUGCUGAUCGACGAAUGUUAGUUUGAACGCGAACAGAAUUGUUUAUGUAUGACUAUGAUGUCAGAUAUACUGGUAAUUAUAAUCGUUACUUGAUUACACACAUGGCAACCGAGCAUAUGAAGUGCUGUUUCUUUAUGUCUGUUUUUUUCUGAGCUGGAAUCUGCAAUCUUUUUUUCCCAUCCAUCAUAAUUUACUGUUACCAUAUGAAGUAGCUUCAUGUGGACUUAAGAAUCCAUAUGAACGUUUUAUGUAAUGCUUAUUGUACUUUUUUUUUUUAAGUACUGCAUUUUAUGAUUAGUAAUUUUUCUCAAUCUGUAAAAUACACAGAGGGUAAAAUACGCCUCGGUUUGAUUGUUUAAAACAUAUAGAUGAAAUCAUCUGCUAAUUCGAUUAAGCUUUUAUUAAGCUUAAAUACUAUUUUUGGAACAGACAGUUCAUGUGUUGAUUAAAGGUGAUAUUUUUGAUAGGGCAUUGAAAUUACAAAUUAUUACACGUACUGCAAUUAUAACCCCAAAAAAGCUAAUGAAAUUCUUGUGAAAGCAUUGUUUCAAACCACAUAUUAUAUUUACCAGAAAAGUUCAGAGUAAAGGAUGAUAGGAUGAUUUCUAUGAAAAGAUUUGCUUUAACAUUUAUAUAAUUAUUUUCACACUACUGCAUUAAUUAAACAAAAGGUCAUUUAUUGAGAUCUUUAAAUGGCUUUAUUUUACUAUUAGUUCAUUUUACUGGACAAAAUGAAAAACAGCCCCAUCUGUUUACACUACAAAUGUGUUGUUGGUGUAACCAGCCAGGAAUUGAAGAAUCCUUAGAGCUUUGAAUGUUGGCCUGAAAAAAAAAAUCAACACAUCUGAACACUUUCCAUGUUUUUUCAUUUUUAAAAAUUUGUCAACCCACCAUGAUACGAGUUAACAAGGCUGCCAAAUGUCCUCAAUAUACUCCAGACAUUAAAAUAUCUGUAACUGUUUGACAGAUUGAAGAAUUAUGAAAACGCUUUCCUUAUGAAAUAUGCUGGAUGGUGUUUCUGAAUUAAGUAGCCAUUUUAUAAAUGCAAUAACCUUGAGUUCUUUCACUUGACUGUGAUCCUACAAUUUUACAUUCAGCUUAAAAUGUACCUUAAACCUGCAAAACAAAGCUUUUUUCCCUCAAAUGAAUUGUGAUUAUAUUGAUGCCAAGUUUAUGAAAUCAUUACUUUUUAAAUGCUGCAGCUUAACAAAAAUCUAAAUUCAUUAAUUUGCAAAAUGCACUUUUACUGUGGUUGGUGAAAGGAAAUACAGGACGAGUGAUUGUUUCUUAUUUUUUAUUCAGUUUUUCUUCAUGGUGAUAAAAUACAACAUAAACAGUGAUGAAUCAGUUUAUUUGAUAUAUUGACUGGUAUAUUUAAAUAAUCUGAAGGCUUCUAUAAUUCUGUCACAAACCAAAUACAAAUGUUCUUAAGAUACACAUGAUUGUUGAGAUUAAAUGUCUGUGAAAUGAGUUGAGCAUUUUAUAGACAUCUCAGAUCCUUAUUUGGGCUUUGUGGAAUAUUUUGGGAGUUAAAUUAUUUUCUCACUGUUACUGAUUAAUUAAAUCAUCACAAUUAAAGUAUUUUUAUGCUUUACAAAAAGCUGUUAAGAUGUACCAGUUUGCAUCAUGUAUAUCUAUUUAUUCAUGAAAACCAGAUUUAUUUGAUGAAUUAUCUGGUAUGGGACCUAAGGAUGUUCUUCAAAACAACAUUCAUUUCUAAUAUGUAUCUCAUGU